AUGCUUCCUGCUGCUGUUCUAUUUUCCAUUCUUUUCUUCUUUAGGCCUGCACUGGGUGCGCCGGCUUGUAAAUCGAGCCAGACAGAUGAUGAAUCGGCUUCGUCCAUCACCUCUCACCAAUCCGGAGUAGGGAGUAAGAUACUCUCGGCCACCUCUAUCAUUGCCACAUCUACUGAGAUCGCCAGCGGUACAAGCACUGCUUCGGCAACCAGCCCUUCUGCCACUGGAAAUGCGACUUCCUCUGUCGCGCUCGGUUCGACCUUUCUCUAUGAGCUUGAUGCUACUUCCGUCGAUUCGCCUAUCGUCUCGACCAACACGGGAGUCUCUGUCGAUGGGCAGGUGUACAUUGUGGAUGCCGAAGGCACUAGCGCUGAGACCAUUGCCCAGUACAAGGCUAACGGGAAGACUGUAAUUUGUUACUUCUCCCCUGGUAGUUGGGAGCCCAAAAGGCCUGACGCAAGCUCGUUCGACGCCUCCUGCGUGUGCGCCGCCGGUGACUCAUUCACUGAUGACGGAUGUACUUCGGAUGAGAACAAGCUCGACGGCUGGAACGAGUGGUGGCUUGAUAUUCACUCUGACUCAUGCAAGACCAGUGUACAGAGCGUCAUGACGACGAGAAUUGAGAAGGCGGCUGCAAAGGGCUGUGACGGUGUUGAUCCUGACAACGUCGACUCUUUCUCCAAUGCCGAUCAGCAGCACGGCAAUACAGCUCAAGACCAAGUCGACUAUCUUCUCUGGCUCUCGUCGACGGCCAAGGCCAACAACAAUAUGCUCAUCGAUCUCAAGAACGCCGGAAGCCUCCUUGUGGACGAUAACGGACAGACUACCGAGUGGCAGUCUGAGAUCGUCAGCGCAUUCGACUUCUCCGUUAUAGAGUCUUGCCAUGAAUGGGAUGAGUGCGACUUUUACGAUUCCUUCUUGGCUGCUGGCAAGCCCGAGUUUUUGAUCGAGUAUGGUAACACUACCAGCUGUCCAUCUAUGAGUGACGGGCAGCAUCUCUUGGUAUAUAGCGAGAAUGAUCUCGACUCUGGUCUGAUCACUUUGGUGUGCUGA